AGGGGGGCGAGCUUAAGAGGAGCCUCGGUGCCCGGCGGCGGCCGCGGGGCCAGAGCGGGCGGCCUGCGAGCCGGGAGCGCCGGGCACGGAGCCGGGCACCGAGCCGGGCACGGGCAGGGCACCGGGACAGCCCAGGCGGCGGCGGCGGCGGCGGCGGCCUCCAGCACCGUCCGGACCCGCUGCGGCCCUUCUCCAGAGUCCUCUGACCCACCCCCUGGCCUGACCCACCAGAGAAGCGGGCACCGCCGGGCUGUAGUGGAUGACGCUUGUGGAAGGAGCUGUGCAGUCACCGGGAAGGAGAGAUGGCCCGGCCCAUCCCGCCAGCCUGCUGGGUGGUGCUAGCUGCGGUGAUGGUGGUUUGUGCCCAGAGACACAGUCAGCCCGACACCCACGUCCAGUACGAGCGGCUCGGCACCGACGUGACACUGCAGUGCGGGACCAUGGCCUGGGACGCGGCGGUCACCUGGACGAUCAACGGCACGGACAUCGAGUCUUCGCACCUCAACGGCUCACGCCUGGUCCUGCGGGCCGUGGACCUGUCCCAGAGCGGACACUACUCCUGCUAUGAAGGCGCCUCCUGGCACAACAAGUACCAGGUCCUGCUGCAUGUGGGAACACCACCCAAGGAACCCAUCCUGACCUGCCGCUCCAACACGUACCCCAAGGGAUUCUACUGUGGCUGGCACCUACCCAGCCCCACCUACAUCCCCAACGUCUUCAACGUCACGGUCCUGCACGGCCUCCAGCCACUGAGCUGCGAAAAGGCCCCUACGCCCAAGAACCGAUGUCAGAUCCGCCUCAUGCAUCUCUUCUCCACCAUCAAAUAUAAAGUCACCGUGACUGUCACCAAUGCCCUGGGCCACAACGCCACCACCAUCACCUUCGAUGAAGUCACGAUAGUGAAGCCAGAUCCUCCUGAGAACGUGGUGGCCAAGCCAGUCCCCAGCAACCCCCGGCGGCUGGAGGUGACGUGGCAGAACCCCUCGUCCUGGCCCGACCCGGACUCGUUCCCGCUGAAGUUCUUUCUACGCUACCGGCCGCUCAUCCUGGACCAGUGGCAGCACGUGGAGUUGUCGGACAGGACGAGCCACACCAUCACGGAUGCCUUCGCGGGGAAAGAAUACAUCAUCCAGGUGGCGUCCAAGGAGAACGACAUCGGCACGUGGAGCGACUGGAGUGUGGCGGCCCACGCCACCCCCUGGACCGAGGAACCUCAGCCCCGCACCACUGAGGCUCAGGUCACAGAGACCACCACCACAACUAUGACCUCUCUGGCUCCGCCUUCCCCCACCAAGAUCUGCGACCCCGAGGUUGGCAACAGCGCGGGAGCCGUGUCGUGGACGGCCGGCGUGGUGCUGGCCGCAUCCAGCCUCCUGUUUAUUUAAUUCCCCUUUUGCAUUCCUGUGGAAGAAACGACAAGGAAAAGCAAAAAUAAAAAAAAAAACAAACAAAAACAAGGAAAAGGAGCCGUAGGGAAUCUAUGUUUUUUUCUAUUUUGCACGUGUUCCGGAGGACAAUUUGCAUUUCUCUUCACCGCUUCACUUUCCAGAGACAGAACUACGACCCCCUUCCUCCCCACCCCACCACCUCCCUUCCCCUUCGCGGGACCCCCAGGGCGCCAAGACCUCAGCUACCAACUGCUCCCAUCGGAGGGGCUUCGGGCGGCGAAGGAGGGGACAGCGCAGCAGCUCCCCCGUCCCUCGCCCGCGGGCGCAGAGGAGACCACACAGCAUCAUCCGAUGCCAAAACCCUAACGUGCUCUCGCCCAUGUCCGGGUAGGGGGUGCGGCACCAGCUCUUAGGACCCCCUGACCCUCCUCCCCGCCCCGCCCCCCACGCAGGCCUUCCACCUCUCCACCCUCCUACCUCCCCCUGUGACCUCUCCAAACUCCCCCAGGCCUCCCACCUCCUCAGUCACCUUCCCGUCCCCCCACCUGCCUCCCGCUUUCCCACCCACGCCCACAUACCCCACCAGAGGCUCUGAAGGUCUGACCUGGGGGUGCCGGGGGCUGGUCACGGGCCCUGGGGGCCAGGGGCUGGGUAGGACCCAGAUGAUCCAGGGAGAGUUGGAGAGGGGCAAACUGGCACUUAGCCAUCCUCCCUGCCCUCACCCCGCCAUGCCCCAUCAGCGCCCAGGAGGAGGCACCGGAAGGGGUGGGCAGGAGUGUGGACAAUCACCCUGCCCUGACCCCCACCUCUCCCCUCCUCCGAUUUCAUUCUGCUUCCCUAGCAUCCUGGCCUCCAGGGGAGGAACCGCUACUUUGGUUGUUAGAUUUGUCUUAUUAGAAACCGUCCGUAAUGGAACCGCAGAAUCCCAGCAAGCCCUUCCCCGCCGCCCUGCCCACCCGGUCUCCCCACGGCCUCCCCGCCCCCCAUUUUGUAUGAUGCCCCGCCCUGGCUCCCCCACAGUAUUUAUAACACCCUACGUCCUAGUAGUAGAGAAAUGUUAACAUUGCUGUAUUUGAACUUUUUAUAGAUGUAUAUACAAACUGGAGAGAGAUUGUUCAUUAAACAUGGCCAUUUCAUGACAA